CCCGGCCCCGACGCGGCCGCCGAGGCCGACCUGCGCCAGCUGCAGGGCGACCUGAAGGAGCUGAUCGCGCUGACCGAGGCCAGCCUGGUGUCCGUCAGGAAGAGCAAGCUGCUGGCGGCGCUGGAGCCGGAGCCCGCGGCCCGGGACGAUGCCGAGUACCUGGCUUUCCAGAAGGCCAUCGCGGAGGCGGCGGAGGCUCCCGCCGCCCCCGGGGCCGACCUGGAGACUGUCCCCGAGGGGGAGGCCAGGCCAGAGCCCACCACCCCUGGGCGGGAAGAGGGGGAGGACCGAGACCCGGAGGAAGAGCUGAGCGGUGCCAAAGUGAACGCGCCCUACUACAGCGCCUGGGGAACCCUGGAGUACCACAACGCCAUGGUGGUGGGCGCGGAGGAGGCCGAGGACGGCACCGGCUGCGUGCGCGUUCUCUACCUGUACCCCACCCACAAGUCCCUGAAGCCCUGCCCGUUCUUCCUGGAGGGAAAGUGCCGCUUCAAGGAGAAUUGCAGGUUCUCCCAUGGACAGGUGGUCUCUGUGGAUGAGCUGCGGCCUUUCCAGGACCCAGACUUGAGCUUGCUACAGGUGGGCUCUGCUUGUCUGGCCAAACACCAGGAUGGCCUCUGGCACCCAGCACGGAUCACAGAUGUGGACAGUGGCUACUACACAGUUAAGUUUGACUCGCUACUGCUAAAGGAGGCGGUGGUUGAGGGGGACAGCAUCCUGCCCCCUCUGCGCACAGAGGGCCCAGAGUCCUCCGACUCAGACAGCGGAGAUACAGAUGACUCCAGCUAUGCUAGAGUGGUGGAAUCUACUGUCGACCCUGGAACCUGCAGUUCUGCGUUCGCUGGCUGGGAGGUACACACACGGGGCAUCGGCUCCAAACUCCUUGCCAAGAUGGGCUAUGAGUUGGGCAAGGGUCUGGGCCGACGCGCGGAAGGCCGAGUGGAGCCCAUCCAUGCUGUGGUGCUACCUCGAGGGAAGUCCCUGGACCAGUGUGCUGAGAUACUUCAGAAGAGGACCAAGAGGGCUCAGGCCAGUGCCAGCAGGCCCCCACGGUGCCGGGGGGGCAGGGGAGGACCUCGGGGCCGCCAGCCUCCUCGGAAUGUGUUUGACUUUCUGAAUGAAAAACUGCAAAGCCAGGCUCCUGGGGUCCUGGAGGCUGGGGUGGACCCCCCCAGAAGGAAGAACAAGGACAUGUACCACGCCACCAAGAACACGAAGCAAGCCCUGAGCCUGCAGCUCUUCCAGACCGAGGAGAAGAUCCAGCAGACCCGCCGGGACAUCGGGAGCAUCCAGGAGGCUCUCAGCAGGAAUGCUGGCCGGCACAGCCUGGCCACAGCUCAGUUGCAGGAGAGGCUCGAGGGCGCCCAGAGGCAGCUGGGGCAGCUUCGAGCUCAGGAGGCCGGCCUGCAGCUCCAGCGACGGAAGGCUGACACCCACAGGAAGAUGACUGAGUUCUAGAGGCCAGCGUGUGCCGUGGGUGGCGCCCAGCACCCUGGUGGGAAGACCACCGUCACCUAGUUCCCAGGAGAACCUCCGGAAGAGGGGCUGCCUGCCCCAGGCUGCUCCGUGUCUGGCCUCACUGACCUGAAGCGUUUGGGCAGUGCGGCGUGCAGAUGGGCUGCAGGUCAUUUCUGGACACUGUUCACCAAGCUCGACUGCCAGUGACUUGGGGAAUCUCCUUAGCAAGGACAUUAAAGUGAUUUCAUUACUGUG